AUCAGUAACUAAAAUGAAAAAGAAUAAACAAAGUGAGUUGCACGAAUGCGGUGUUUGUGGUAAAAGUUUUCGUUGGAUUAGUCAACUUAGAAACCAUCAAAACACACACACUGAAGAACGACCACAUAAGUGUGAAAUAUGUGGCAAGGGAUUUACACUGAAUGGUAACUUGAGACGUCAUUUGCGAUUGCACUUUCCUGAUGAGCAGAGUAAGUUGCAAGAAUGCGAUAUUUGUGGUAAGCGUUUUCGUUGGAUUAGUCAACUUAGAAACCAUCAAGCGACACACACUGGAGAACGACUACAUAAGUGUGAAAUUUGUGACAAGGCAUUUACUCAUAUAAGUUACCUGAAACGCCAUCUAAAAUUGCACUUUCCUGACAGCAACAGCAAGCAACAGAAAUGCGAAAUUUGCAAGAAAGUUCUCGUCCAUGCACAAAAUAUGACUAUCCACAUGAGACAACAUACAGGAGAAAACCCAUAUAAAUGUGAAAAAUGUGGAAAGGGCUUUUGUCACAAUAGUAAACUGAGAAAACAUAUGAAGCUAUUUGUGUGUGAAAUUUGUGGGUGGUCCUUCGACUGUAAGUCACACCUUUCUGACCAUAUUCUCACUCAUACAAAAGAGAAACAAUUUGAGUGCACCCUUUGUAAUAAAUAUUUUGCACGCAAAAGUAAUUUUAGGUUGCAUAUGAGAAGACAUACUGAUGAAUAUCAAUUCAAAUGUGAAAUAUGUGGCGUCAUCAAGGUGCAACAAUGCGAACUGAAUUUACAUAUGCGUACACAUACAGGUGAAAAACCGUAUAUUUGUAAAUUAUGUGGGAAAUCGUUUAUGACAUUAGGUAAUCUGAAUACCCAUUUGCAGACUGCUCACUUCAACAAAAAGCCUUUUGCAUGCGAGGUAUGUGGAAAUAAAUUUACUCGACAAAGUAGUCUGAAUACCCAUUUGCAGACUGCUCACUUAAACAAAAAGCCUUUUGCUUGCGAGGUAUGUGGAAAUUAAUUUACUCGACAAGGUAGUCUGAAUACUCAUUUGCAAACCGCACAUUCCAACGCAAAGCCUUAUGAAUGUGAGAUAUGUGGAAAGAGAUUUGCCGUACAAGCAUAUGUCAACGCCCACAUAAAGCGUACCCAUUCGAAAUGCAAAAGUCUCUCAAAUACAGACAAAGUUGCAACUGAUCAUGUUUAUUCAGAAAGCACCAUUAUUCCCUACGAGUUCGAUCAAAACGAGAAGAUAAUGCAGCAUAAAUUACAAGCACCUGAAGACAUUUGUGUGUCAAAUAUGUAAUCGAGCAUUACGCUGCAAGUCCCACCUUUUUAAACAUAUGCUGACUCAUACGAAAGAGAAAAUAUUUGAGUGCAGCGUUUGCAAUAAGGUAUUUGCACGCAAGGAGAAUUUAAAUUUGCAUACUAAUGAAUAUCAGUUCAAAUGUGAAAUAUGUGGGGUCAUCAAGGUGCAACAGUGGGAACUGAAUAUGCAUAUGCGUACGCAUACAGGUGAAAAAUCGUUUAUUUGUAAAUUAUGUGGAAGGCAUUCAGUCAACAAUAUAGUCUAAGACUUAUUUGCAGGCAAUACACUCUAACAAAAAGCCUUAUUCAUGUGAAAUAUGUGGAAAAAGAUUUGUCGUACAAGCAAAUUCGAAAUGCAAACGUAUCUCAAAUAGAGACAGAGUUGAGUAGAAAGAAACUGAUCACGUAUAUUCAACGAGAACCGUAAUUUCUGACGAGUUAGACAACGGAAAUUGCAGCAUGAAGUCAAUGAAACCAGAGAAGAGUCGAAAGCAGGAUCAGAAUAAGAAUAGUGUGUCAGUGACAGACAUGAUUGUACCGUUGAUUCAGAUAUGCUACACCUCUCGUGAACUGACUGAAGUAAACAUACCUUUCCUACUUUUGCAAUGUUUAACAGCAAAAUAUUACGAAAUCAAUUCUGGACUGCGAUAACCUGAAAAUUAAUUACAUAUUAUU